AUGGAAGGCCACAAGAAGGCUAGAAAGAGUCCAACUCGCUACGGGGACUCAAGAGGCCAAGAGCAAAGCUCAGGACGUCGGGCACGUUCUGAGCCAGAAAGUAGGCAUGCAUCUAGCCCCAGCCUGUUUAAAGGACGAGUUGGUUAUGGAGGUCCAGUACCGGGUCAGAGAGGACAUGGUCAGCCUGGCAGACGAUUUUCAGGACCCAAUCAGGGUUAUGGAAAUCCGGUUCAACGCCAAAGAAGUUUUCGUGGUCCAAAUCUAGAGAAUCAGGGCCGUGGCGGGCGAGGUUCAAUCGCACACCAGGCCAGGCCAGCGGAAAAUCCUGGUGAGAGAAGUGGCUAUGAAUGGUCCGGUCAGUAUGGAAAAGGCUCUGCUGUUCCUGAGCAGAGUGGUGAUCAGUAUGGCUAUGGGGCUCCGGGCCAAAUUAGCAAUUAUGAUUGUCCAAACCAGGAACGGAAUUAUUCUGAAGACCAAGAAAACUUCUAUAGUCUAGGAACAGAUCAGGGACAAGGACAUGGCGGCAACGUAGAUCCAGGUUAUUGGAGAAAUUUUAAUUACGGGGAUCAAGGACCCGGACAAUACCAAGUGCAGGACAAUUAUGAAGCUCCAAAUCAUGAGACUCGGGAACCGGCCGACCGAGUUCAGUAUACAAAUGGUUACGAAUGCUCUAAUCAGCAGGAUGAGGGCAACUACCCCAAUUGGCACCCGGACGUCCGUGAGUUAGGUCAAGCCCACGUGCGUUACGGUGAUGAGAAUAUGGGAAGAUUGGGAGAAACUGAAGGAGAACUAGAACAGGGGGAAGGCUGGAUCAACAACGAGGGCACGGGACAGCAGGAUCAAUGGCAUGAUGAACAGGCUGGAGAAGAACUAGGUCAAUGUUCCUACAACAAUGGAAACGGAAAUCAAAGAAGUAUGUAUGACUCAUCUCAUUAUCAUGACGCAAAUUAG